AGCCGCUCCCGGUGCCGCUCCCGCCCGCCCGGCCCGGCCCGCCGCCAGCACCGGGCCCUGCCGGGGCCCCCUCCCCAUCCUCGGGGGCGAUGCGGCCGCGCCCCCUCCCCACGCAGCCCCCGCCAUGUCCCGCCGCGCCCCCUCCCCCCGCGCCGCGCCCCCUCCCCCCGCGCCCCCGCUCUCCUCCCUGCCCUGGCCCUUGCUGGACCCCCCCGCCGCAGCGUCUGGUACAUCUACAGCGAUUACAUCAUCAAGGAGAAGACGGUGCUGCUGCAGAAGAAGGACAGCGAGGGCUUCGGCUUCGUGCUCCGGGGGGCCAAAGCGCAGACCCCCAUCGAGGAGUUCACCCCCACCCCGGCCUUCCCGGCCCUGCAGUACCUGGAGUCGGUGGAUGAAGGGGGCGUGGCCUGGAGGGCGGGGCUGCGCAUGGGCGACUUCCUGAUCGAGGUGAACGGUCAGAACGUGGUGAAGGUGGGGCACCGGCAGGUGGUGAACAUGAUCCGCCAGGGCGGGAACAGCCUGGUGCUCAAGGUGGUGAUGGUGACGCGGCACCCCGAGCCCCCCGAGGGCCCCCGGCGCAGAGCCGCGCCCCCCCAGCCGCGCCGCCUCCCGGCCCCGCCCAUCUCGCUGCGCUCCAAAUCGAUGACGUCAGAGCUGGAGGAGAUGGUGGAGAAGG